GUUGCGCGAGAGCGACACGAUUGCGGCUAAAAGAGGAAGCUAACGAGUUAGUCAAGACUUUUAAAUCUUAUUUAAACAUGUCGGGACGCUCAGUUCGCGCGGAGACAAGAAGCAGGGCUAAAGAUGACAUUAAGAAGGUGAUGGCGGCGAUCGAACGAGUCCGGAGAUGGGAGAAAAAGUGGGUGACUGUCGGGGACACGUCUCUGAGGAUAUUUAAAUGGGUUCCUGUAGUAGACAGUAAAGAGAAGGAGAAGAGUAAAGCUCCAGUUGCUUCUGAGGUUCAAAUAAACACUUUCUCUUCAGAGGAAACAACUGAAAACUCCUGCACAACUCUACUGGAUUACCAAGAUGAAAACAGCAGUCACAGCUCUCUCUCAGACUCGUUCCAGAGUAAAGUGAUCCCCGCAGACAGCAGCACAAAUUCCAGUCCUCAGCGCAGUGAGCCUGUCAGCCCUGUCACACACACACACACACUCACACACUCUCAUGAGUACCGCCCUGAUGAGCCUCCACCACCCACACUUGGCCAGGAGUGUAUGGAGGAGGCGUCGCUGCAGUCUGAGAUGGCUGAUGAACCGCCGACGCUGAUUAAAGAAGAUAUUUUACCCGUUACAGCUGAGGAAGUGGAAGAGGAAAACUCUGGAGCUCCGCCUCUUAAAAGAGUGUGUACUGAGCAGAUGUCUGUUAUCCAGUCUACUCUGUCCAGUUAACACACACACACACACACACGCACACAGACUGAGUACAAUCAGUGUAAAGAGUCAUUCCUCUCCUGAGAUCAGCAGCAGUAACUGAUUAUGUUACUGUAAGACAUUGUGAGCUGUAGGUUUCUGCUGCAGUGAAGUUUCAUAUAAAUUAUUACUUUAAGAUAAAUGUUUCACACCUUUUAUUUCACACCAGUUUUUAGGUCACACUGAGACUGUCACUUGACUUGACCAUCACAGACAAGAGAAACAUUUCAUUUUAUUAUAAACACAACUACAUUAUAAUCACUCAAAUCAACACACACACACACACACACACACACACACAGUGAUUGCCUCACAGCGCUCAAUGACUAGCUGCUUUUAAUCUGAUGCUGAUAUUUCUCCACAUUUCCUUCAGACCUGCUACACAUCACAAAUUCAGACAGAAUGUUUAUUUUAUUUUAUUACAUUACAUUUCCUCCUACUUCACUAGUUUCGGUUAUCAGUCUGUUACAGUGAAUUGUGAACACACCUAAAUUAUAAAUCUAGAUAUAAUUGAUAUACUGAAAGUAUUCCUACAUAUAGAUUUAUAUUUCAGAGAGUUUUUUUUAUCUUAAUAAGGAGUCGAUAAUAAUUAGAGUGAAUCAUUUAUACAGUGUGUGAAGUGACUCACAAGAGAUCAGAGCUUCUCUCUGUGCACUUGUGAUUAAUGAUGAUGGAAUGAUUGUGUUUAGUUUUCUGUUUGUUCAGUUUGUGUCUGAUGUCUUAAUGGUUAUUCUUCAUGAUCAGGAUAAUAAUAAGAAUAAUAAUUUCCAUCAGACUUAGCUGAUGAUGAUGAUGAUGAUGAUGAUGAUUACUGUACAUUGGUUAAGUGGCACAUUGAUGUUGAAAUUUUAUUAUUUUAAAAAUGAUUAUUAAUGUCAUUAAAAUAUAAGAACCGUG